AGGUUUUAACCGAAGACAGAGGAAACAACCCAACACGGAGUUCACCCUUACCAGAAAUGUGCUCUGCUGCACGAUUUGACACAAUUAGUGAGCAAUGUAAGCUGACAGGAUGAGACCGACGCCUGAGUUGAACACAAGAGCACACCAAGUUCAGGAGAGCAAGGGAUCUGCAAGAUGAACGCAUCAGAAAAUGUAUCCAUGUAUGCAGAUGAUUAUGAUUUCUGCAAUUUGGAUCCAGAGUUCCCUGAUGGAUCGGUUAUCCUGGUUCUUCACUACGUGCUGUUUUGUUUCGGUCUAUUGGGCAACAGCAUGGUUUUAUGGGUUCUGCUGCAGCACAUCAAGGUGAAAAGCAUGACCGAUGUGUGUCUUCUCAACCUGGCACUGUCUGAUCUCUUACUGGCUGUUUCCCUGCCCUUCUGGGCCUACGGCUCCAAGAACCUUCCAUCAUGCAAACUGAUAACAGGAAUCUAUCAGUUGGGUUUCUACAGUGGGACGCUGUUCGUGACCCUGAUGAGUCUGGACCGCUACCUGGCCAUCGUCCACGCCGUGACGGCCAUGCGAACCCGGACACUUCGCUAUGGAAUCACGGCGAGCGUCAUUAUCUGGGGUGUUUCUGUCGUCAUGGCGACUCCUCCUGUGAUAUUUGCCUCCCUGGAGGGAGAUGAGGAGGACAGCGGGCUUCAGUGCCAGCCCAAGUACCCACCAGGGAGCGAGGAGGUUUGGAAGAUGCAGAAAAACUUCAGUGAGAACACAACUGGACUUUUUCUGUGCCUCCCAGUCAUGAUAUUCUGCUAUAUGAAGAUCCUCGUGGUGCUGUCCAGGGCCAGGAACUCGAAAAAGAACAAAGCCAUGAAACUGAUAUUCGCCAUUGUGUGUGUAUUCGUGGUGUGCUGGGUCCCCUACAACGUCCUUGUGCUCAUCCAAACUUUGCAGCUGUUUGAUAUCAUGAACACUUGUACGGCUUCAGCACCCAUCAACACUGCCAUGAGCUUCGCUGAAAUCAUUGCAUUGUCUCACUGCUGCAUUAAUCCAGUGAUCUACGCAUUUGUGGGGGAGAAGUUCAGGAAGUCGUUGAGUGGUGUGAUGGGGAGAUACUUGUGCUUCAGAUAUCAAAGCACCAGCACUGUGAGAGAAACCACAGAGGGAGAGACCUCCAACACACCAGUGCGAUCAGACUAUUAAAAACAUGUCACUAUGUACUCCCGUUUGCAAAGAUGUGUAUGUAUUAUUAAUGUACAGACUAUAAGGAUGAAGGACUUUGUGUGUGUGUGUGUGUGUGUGUGUGUGUGUGCGUGUGUGUGGUUCAUACUUCCGCAAGCAAAAAAAAAAAAAAAGGUACUGACACAAUUUGCAGAAAUGAGAGAAAGUGGUUA